ACGAAAACAAGAUUCCAACGAAAGGAGUAUUAAGUUAUGAUUCGCCUCAAUCAUGGCUCCAACAUUUCAAAUGAUUCAAAUGUUGAAGUUGAUCAAAAAUGAGAUAAUUGUUGGAAGAGAAUCAGUGAAACUUAUUACAAGCAUCAAGACACUAAAAUAAGUUACGUCUUUUUAAAGUUUAUUGGGUGCUACAAACAAGUUGUGACUGACUACACAGAAGAAAAAUAGGAACUUCAAGAGCAAUAUCAUUUUGGUUUUUUCACGUAGUAAUUUAUUUGAAUUUUGUGUACUAAUAAUUUGAGAUCAACCAUCGAUAGCUCUUAUGUUUCUGACGAGAACAUUUUCACGCACAACCUCUCGUUAUCGUUAUCACACCUCCGCCAUUGUAUCCCUUUCACCACACAAUCUCCUUCAUCUUCUUCAGCUCAGCAUCGACCUUCACUCUCUCAAACUCACCCAACAAUGUCACUCUCAAAUCCUCACAAAUUGCUUUUCCCAAAACGCUUUCCUCACCACCAGGCUCAUCUCUGCAUACGCCACAUUUGGAGACUCGAUCAUGUCAAAACUCGUCUUUGACUCUGUUCAUACCAAAAAUGUUUAUCUCUGGAACUCCCUCAUUAAUGGGUAUGUUAAAAAUCAUCAAUUCGACAAUGCCAUUGUGUUGUUUCGCCAAAUGGGUCGUUGUUUGUUGCCUGAUGAUUACACUCUUGCUACCAUUUCCAAAGUUUCUGGUGAGAUUCAAGACUUGGUUUUGGGGAAAUUGAUUCAUGGGAAGAGUUUGAGGAUUGGGUUUGUGUCGGAUAUUGUUGUUGGUAAUUCUGUCAUGUCAAUGUAUAUUAGAUGUCGUGAGUUUGGUGAUGCUAUGAAGGUGUUUGAUGAAAUGCCUCAGAGGAAUGUUGGUUCGUUUAAUGUUAUAAUUUCUGGAUGUGCUGCCUUGGGAAAUUUGGAUUCUAGUUUAUAUGCUGAUUUGUGGAAUUUUUUUAGAAGGAUGCAAUGUCAAGGUUAUAAUGCCGAUGCUUUCACCGUUGCGAGUCUUUUGCCUAUGUGUUGUGAUAGUGAUGGAAAGUUUGAUCAUGGGAGGGAACUUCACUGUUAUCUUGUGAAGAAUGGCUUGGAUUUGAAAAUGUGUUCGGAUGUUCAUAUGGGUUCUUCUUUGAUUGAUAUGUAUUCAAGGAGUAAUAAACUUGUUCUUAGUAGGAGAGUGUUUGACCAAAUGAAAAGCAGAAAUAUAUAUGUAUGGACUGCAAUGAUUAAUGGUUAUGUACAGAAUGGAGCGCCCGAGGGUGCAUUGAUUCUUUUCCGUGAGAUGCAAAGAAAGGAUCGAAUACGACCCAAUAGAGUAUCGCUUGUUAGUGUGCUUCCAGCUUGUGGCUUGCUUGUUGGAUUAAUGGGAGGGAAACAAGUCCACGCGUUUUCAAUUAAAAUGGAGUUUAAUGAUUAUAUUUCUCUACGUAAUGCUUUGAUUGAUAUGUAUGCCAAAUGUGGGAGUUUAGAUUAUGCAAGACGAGUGUUUGAUAAUGGUUCUUACUCCAAAGAUGCUAUCACUUGGAGUUCGAUUAUCUCUGCGUAUGGAUUACAUGGCAAAGGACAGGAAGCUCUGACUACAUAUUACGAAAUGCUUCAGCAAGGGAUCAAACCAGAUAUGAUAACAGUGGUUGGUGUUCUUUCUGCUUGUUGCAGGUCAGGAUUGGUAGAUGAGGGCAUUAGCAUAUAUAACUCCCUGACGACUGAGUAUGAAAUGAAACCAUCGGUUGAAAUUUGUGGUUGUGUUGUAGAUUUGUUAGGUCGAUCGGGCCAGCUCGAUCAAGCCUUGGAUUUCAUCAGAGAAAUGCCAAUAAUUCCCGGUCCAAGUGUUUGGGGAUCUCUUUUAACAGCCUCUGUAAUACAUGGGAAUUCAAUGACUAGAGACUUGGCUUAUAGGUGUCUCUUAGAGCUAGAACCUGAAAACCCUUCAAAUUAUAUAUCGCUUUCAAAUACUUACGCAUCUUCUAGAAGAUGGGAUGAAAUAACUGAGGUGAGGUCAAUGAUGAAAGAGAGAGGUUUAAGAAAAGUUCCUGGUAUCAGUUGGAUAACUAUCAGUGAUAAGAAUCAUUUUUUCACUGUUGCCGACAAAGUGCAUCCUUCUUCUAGUUCAAUCUAUGAAAUGCUUGAUGACCUUGUAUCAAUAAUGACAGAUGGUUGUGCUGAUAUUGAUAUUCUAACUUAAAUCUCCUGAAAUUGGUGGUAAAAAUCUUCUCUUUUAAAGUGUUUAGUUAACACUGAAAAGAAAACUGGGCAACCAUGUAGCUCAUCCAACUAUGGAACUACUUCUCUGAUGUUUUAUUCAAAACUCAAAGUCAGACACACUAAUCAUAAUUUGAGUGAGAAAAAACAGUAGAAAGGCCCUGACUUCAGUGAAACUGCUUGAUGAGGUGACUGCAUUGUUGAACACGGUGAAUGCAAUUUUUGUCGCCCUGAGAUGCAGAUUGGCUAAUCAAUGUUCAGAUGAGAUGCUUGGAUGUUCACAUAGAGUCUGACCAUCAUGAAGAAGGGGAAAAAAACCUUAGCAAUGGUAAAUGUAAUACAGGAAACAAAUGAAUGUCACUAAUACUAUUAUCUAAAGAAAUGUGCUAGGUCAUUAGUUUAAAACUAGACUUAGACCGCCCCUUGCGCGGGCAUGAGUUUGUUUUAAAUUAUUUUCUGGAAAGUUCAAAAUAAAGCUUACAUAAGUCAAA